AUGGAAAGUGAAGGAGAUCUAGCUAAGUGGCUCUCCGACGAGAGCUCAGCACAAGCAUCAGCUGUAAAGGUUUUUCGAUACUACUUGACCGUCGAGGAAGCAACCCAAAUUAUUCAACAAUUUCGAUCUGAAUAUUGGCAUGAUAAUCGUCAGGUACUGUGGAGCGGUAUGCUGCGUGAAAAUGCUCAAAACUGGGCCGAUGAGCAUGAAAUGCAGACUCUGACCACAGCCAUGGGUCCGCUGAUGAUGCCAGAGCAUCCGCUUUGUCUCAAAUCCAAAAAAGCUCCACAUGCGUGGAGUCAAUAUAUACAUGGUGCCUCGGCUAUAUUUGCUUGGCAAAUUGCCAGAGGCGAAAGUGUUACAGUCUUGACGCCUCCUCCCCCAGACCGCUUUAAUCCAUCGGGAUUUACAUAUUACCAAGUAAUAGAACAACCUAUUAUCAAGGGAGCUGUCGGGGACGACUUCGUGUGCCACAUUGAUGCGGUCCAUCCAACGGUGAAAAGAGCGAAGGAUUUCUCUUACCAGUUAUGGCCGGAUGACAACAAGUCGACCUGGAUCAAGCGGUUUGGGUUGCAAACUGGGCCUAGAAAUUGGCGGGCCACAGGCCAACGUGAAGAAAAGCUACAACUUAAAAGUAUGAUGGAUUUGCACGAUGGCCCGUCACAUUCUGCAAUCACAUCAAAACCGUCGCCUAUCAAAAAGGAAAAGCCAAAGACAAAACCGUCCGAAAAGAGAGCCAAAGCCGAGAAGAAAGCCAAAGCCGAGAAGAAAGCCAAAGCCGAGAAGAAAGCCAAAUCCGAGAAGAAAGCCAAAUCCGAGAAGAAAGCCAAAUCCGAGAAGAAAGCCAAAUCCGAGAAGAAAGCCAAAUCCGAGAAGAAAGCCAAAUACGAGAAGAAAGCCAAAUCCGAGAAGAAAGCCAAAUACGAGAAGAAAGCCAAAUCCGAGAAGAAAGCCAAAUCCGAGAAGAAAGCCAAAUCCGAGAAGAAAGCCAAAGCCGAGAAGAAAGCCAAAGCCGAGAAGAAAGCCAAAGCCGAGAAGAAAGCCAAAUCCGAGAAGAAAGCCAAAGCCGAGAAGAAAGUCAAAGCCGAGAAGAAAGCCAACGUUGAGAAGAAAGCCAAAUCCGAGAAGAAAGCCAAAUCCGAGAAGAAAGCCAAAGCCGAGAAGAAAGUCAAAGCCGAGAAGAAAGCCAACGUUGAGAAGAAAGCCAAAGCCGAAAAAAACGUCAAAGUCGAUAAGAAAAGAAUGACUAAAACCAAAAUAUAA